UUGGUUUUAAUUGAUUUAUGUGCAUGCGCUUCCAUUGCAGUACUACUUAUUCAGGAUGCAUGGAGUGAGGACCAUAGUGUCAAAGUAACGGUAGUGAGUGUAUUGGAACAAAUAGGCACAGCGCUGGGUAAAGAAUUUGCUCCACACAUUGCAGAACUCAUACCGUAUCUGUUGCGAGUUGUACAGACUGACAAAAGUGAUGAACGGAAACUCACUGCGCAGGUGUUGUCAUGUGUACGAUCGCUAUCCGGAUGUCUCACUCCACAUCUCCAUCUGGUUCUUCCGCCACUACUUAUGAUACUGGAUGACUCUGUUGUACCAAUUGCUGUAAGGCAAUCAGCUUUAGACACUGUGCUUCACUUAACUCGUAGUGAUGAUCUUUCUGACUAUGCUCCACGUCUUAUGCAGACUUGGCAACGCAGUAUUUCCGUCACAGCACUUCAGCCGCAAUUGCUGGAACUGCUGGUUGAAAUUGUGAAUCAGGUCGAUUAA